AUGUGCGACUGUUUCCACGUGGUGCUGCCCGCCUGGGCCGGAGCCCCCGGCAGCGGUCGCUCCCGCCCGUCCCCCUUGUCACCGCCUCCUGCUUUGGGACGCGGGGCUUGUCUUGGCCCUGGAGGCGGCCACCGGGGAGGUCAGCACGUGUGGCUGGACCCUGGGGGCCUGCCGCAUGGCCUGGCCUCCGACCUGCUUGGGGGCCAGUGGCUGACUGGACCAGGAGCCAAGGUUUUGUGGAAUGUCAAGCCCCUUUAUGCUGAACGUGAGCGGUUGGCUUCACCGCCUCCGUCGCCUCCCGGCCUUGCCCCGGGGCUCCCCGAGUGGACGCUCCUGGCCUCGGGGAGCAAAGGACGCGUGGACACUGCGGGCGCUUGGGUGGUGUCGGGCUCCGCUCCCCUCGGCGGAGCGCGGCUCCUCAGAGCCGAGCCUGCCCCAGAAGCCUCGGGGGAUCCCAGCCUGGGUGGCCGGGGCGGCGUGGAGAAAGGGGUGCUGCCCAGCCGUGGUGCCGGGCUGGACGCGGGGACGGGGGGUGAGGCCGCAGCCCGGCCCAGGCAGGGGCCCAGCUGCGCCCCUUACGGCACCAGCCGGGGCCUUAAAGGGCUGCCCGGUGGCCUGGGGCACAGCCACCGGGGACAGAGCCGCCCGGGCGGGACUGGCCGGCAGCUGCAGCCGGAAGAGCCGGACGUGGAGGCGGAGGAGGACCGCUCCGUGACCGCGCGCGAGCUGGUGCGGCCGCAGCCCCAGGGGUCCUCUCCUGUGUACGAGUGCGUGGCCGAGGGCGCCGGCUCUGGACUCCCGGACGCCCCGGAGGUGACGCUGGAGACCAAGGCGGAGGCGGGGGCCAGCGGCUACAGCGUGGCCGGCGGCGGGAGCCGGGGCGUCUUCGUCAAGCACGUGUUGAAGGGGUCCUCGGCAGCCAAGCUCUUCAACCUGAGAGAAGGGGACCAGCUGCUCAGCGCCACCAUAUUCUUCGACGACAUCAAAUAUGAAGAUGCGCUCAAGAUCCUGCAGUACUCGGAGCCCUACAGGGUCCAGUUCCAGAUUAGACGGAAACUUCCGGCCAGACAGGACGAGGCCCAGCUGUCCAGAGGCACCCAGCAGGGCCCAGCAGGCACCAAGAAGCAGCUCCAGGUGGCCCCUGACGGCCCCCCAGGCACGCCCGCGAAGACGCUGGAGGCAGACUCAGACCAGGACAGACUGCUGGGGCGCCCGGAUCGGGCCAGGGGCCGGCAGCCCCAGAAGGAGCGGCUCUCCUGGCCGAAGUUCCAGCCCGGGAAGGGCAGUCGCCAGCUGGGGCCCCGGCGCUCACGCAGCUCCUCGGAGGCCCAGGAGCUGUCGCCCACGCACCCCUGCUCAGAGGCUCCGCUCCCGGACACACACCCACAGGUGGACGCCACAGGGCACAUGCGGGGCUCACACCCCGACCGGCCCCAGUCAGAGGCACCAAAGAUCAAGGAGGCAAAAGACGGGGCCGGAGAGGCUGAGGGAGGGUGGGCAGCACCGGCGGCGGGAAAGAUGCCGCAGAGUGAAGGCGCAGCACAGGUGGGCGCCAGGGAGUGGGGGCACGUGGUCCGGGGACUGGCGGACGAGGCUUCCACAGACAGCAAGGUCAGCAUCAUCAGGCUGAAGAUGCCCUCCUUUGGGGUGUGGACAGAGCAGCAGUCCAGGGAGGGAGCCGAGGAGGAGCACAAGUCCAGCCACGGUGAGCGGGCAGAGCAUGGGCACCAACACAGGCACAAAAAACAAACCGCCCAGGACCUCAGCAUUCAGCCACCAUUGGCCGAGGUGGAAGACCCGACUGUCCAGGUCGCUGUGAAGCUGCCUGAGGGGCACGUGCCCGAAGGAGACUUCGCCCAGGCUGAAAUGACCGCUGGACUCAAGGGCCACCUCCCCAAGGUGAAGACGGGCCGCCUCAAGAUGCCGAAGGUGGAGCUCAAGGCACCCCAGUUGGAUGUCAAGGGUCCCAGUAUGGAUCUAGAGGGUCCCAAGAUGACGGUCAGUUGCCCCGACGUGGACAUGUCCAUGGCCAGGACACAGGUGGACAUCCAGGCACGGGGAAACUUGCUGGAGGGGGACCUGGGACUGGGAGACACGGAGGUGACCUCCAGAGAUAGUAAGUUCAAAAUGCCUAAGUUCAAGAUGCCCUCCUUCGGCGUGUCGGCCCCCGGCAAGACUGAGAAGGCCUCUGUCGAGGUGGACGCAUCCCUGCCCCAGGGCCAGGCAGACGUCUCGUGGCCGCCCAUGCAGGGAGGCAUCAAUGCCCCGGACGUCAAUAUUAAGCUGCUUUCAGCUAAGGUGGACGACCCGACUGUCCAGGAAGCCAUGAAGCAGCCCGAGGGCCACGUGCCCAAAGGAAACUUCACCCAGCCUGAAAUGGGUGCUGGACACAAGGGCCACCUGCCCAAGGUGAAGACAGGCAGCCUCAAGAUGCCCAAGGUGGACUUCAAGGUGCCCCAGGUGGACAUCAAGGUCCCCAGUGUGGACCUGGAGGGUCCCAAGGUGACAGUCAGUUGUCCCAAGGUGGACGUGUCCAUGGCCAGUACAGAGGUGGACAUCCAGGCACCAGGAGUCUCACUGGAGGGGGACGUGGGCCUGGGAGACAAGGAGGGGAUCUCCAGAGACAGCAAGUUCAAAAUGCCCAAGUUCAAGAUGCCCUCCUUCGGGAUGUCAGCCUCAGGCAAGACUGGGAAAGCAUCGGUUGAGGUGGACACGUCCCUGCCCAAGGUCCAGACAGACAUCUCAUUGCCGUCCAUAAAGGGAGUCGUCACAAACCCCGACCUCACCAUUAAGCUGCCCUCGGCCGAGAUGGAGGACUCAACUGUGCAGGUCACCGUGAAGCUGCCCGAGGGCUACGUGCCCAAAGGAGACUUCACUCAGCCUGAAAUGGGCGCUGGACUCAAGGGCCACCUCCCCAAGGUGAAGACAGACAGCCUCAAGAUAGCCAAGGUGGACCUCAAGGCACCCAAGUUGGACGUCCAAGGUGCCAGUGUGGACCUGGAGAGUCCCAAGGUGAUGAGCAGUUGCCCUGACAUGGACGUGUCCAUGGCCAGCUCACAGGUGGACAUCCAGGCACCGAGAGUCUCGCUACGGGGAGACCUGGGCCUGGGAGACAUGGAGGUGACCUCCAGAGACAGCAAGUUCAAAAUGCCCAAGUUCAAGGUGCCCUCCUUCGGCGUGUCCACCCCGGGCAAGUCCGGGAAGGCCUCGGUCGAGGUAGACGUGUCCCUGCCCCAGGGCCAGGCAGACAUCUCGUGGCAGGGAGGCAACAAGGCCCCCGACCUCAGCAUUAAGCUGCCUUCAGCCAAGAUGGACAACCAAACUAUCCAGGUCGAUGUUAAGUUACCCAAGGGCCAGGUGCCCGAAGGAGACUUCUCCCAGCUGGAAAUGGGCGCUGGACUCGAGGGCCACCUCCCCAAGGUGAAGACAGGCAGCCUCAAGAUGCCCAAGGUGGACCUCAAGGCACCUGAGUUGGACAUCAAGGGCACGAGUGUGGACCUGGAGGGUCCCAAGGUGACGGUCAGUUGCCCUGAGGUGGACUUGUCCAUGGCCAGUUCAGAGGUGGACAUCCAGGAACCAGGAGUCUCACUGGAGGGGGACGUGGGCCUGGGAGACGCGGAGGUGACCCCUAGAGACAGCAAGUUCAAAAUGCCCAAGUUCAAGAUGCCCUCCUUUGGCGUAUCCACCCCAGGCAAGUCCGGGAAGGCCUCGGUCGAGGUGGACACAUCCUUGCCCAAGGUCCAGGCAGACAUAUCAUUGCCUUCCUUCAAGGGAGACGUCAGGGCCCCAGACCUCAGCAUUAAGCCGCCUUCAGCCGAGGUGGACGUCCCGACUGUCCAGGUCGCCGUGAAGCUACCCGAGGGCCACGUGCCCGAAGGAGACUUUGCCCAGCCUGAAAUGGGCACAGGGCUAAAGGGCCACCUCCCCAAGGUGAAGACAGGCAGCCUCAAGAUGCCCAAGGUGGACCUCAAGGCACCCGAGUUGGACAUCAAGGGCGCGAGUGUGGACCUGGAGAGUCCCAAGGUAAUGAUCAGUUGCCCCACGGAGGACGUGUCCAUGGCCAGCUCACAGGUGGACAUCCAGGCACCGGGAGUCUCACUGGAGGGGGACGUGAGCCUGGGAGACGCGGAGGUGACCCCCAGAGACAGCAAGUUCAAAAUGCCCAGGUUCAAGAUGCCCUCCUUCGGCGUGUCCAUCCCGGGCAAGUCCGGGAAGGCCUCAGUUGAGGUGGACACAUCCUUGCCCAAGGUCCAGGCAGACAUAUCAUUGCCUUCCUUCAAGGGAGAUGUCAAGGCCCCAGACCUCAGCAUUAAGCCGCCUUUGGCCGAGGUGGAUGUCCCGACUGUCCAGGUCGCCGUGAAGCUACCCGAGGGCCACGUGCCCGAAGGAGACUUUGCCCAGCCUGAAAUGGGCGCAGGGUUAAAGGGCCACCUCCCCAAGGUAAAGACAAGCAGCCUCAAGAUGCCCAAAGUGGACCUCAAGGCACCCGAGUUGGACAUCAAGGGCACGAGUGUGGAUCUGGAGAGUCCCAAGGUGAUGGUCAGUUUCCCUGAGGUGGACGUGUCCGUGGCCAGCUCAGAGGUGGACAUCCAAGCACCAGGAGUCUCACUGGAGGGGGACAUGGGACUGGUAGAUGCGGAGGUGACCUCCAGAGACAGCAAGUUCAAAAUGCCCAAGUUCAAGAUGCCUUCCUUCAGCGUGUCAGGCCCGGAAAAGACUGGUAAGGCCUCCGUCGAGGUGGACGUGUCCCUGCCCAAGGACCAGGCAGACAUAUCGUUGCCGUCCUUUAAGGGAGACAUCAAGGCCCCAGAUCUCAGCAUUAAGCAGCCCUCGGACAAGGUGGACGUCCCGACUGUCCAGGUCGCCGUGAAGCUGCCCGAGGGCCACGUGCCCGAAGGAGACGUCGCCCAGCCUGAAAUGGGCGCUGGACUCAAGGGCCACCUCCCCAAGGUGAAGACAGGCAGCCUCAAGAUGCCCAAAGUGGACCUCAAGGCACCGGAGUUGGACAUCAAGGGCACGAGUGUUGACAUGGAGGGUCCCAAGGUGACAGUCAGUUGCCCCGAAGUGGACGUGUCCUUGGCCAGCUCACUGGUGGACAUCCAGGCACCGGGAGUCUCACUGGAGGGGGACGUGGGCCUGGGAGACGCGGAGGUGACCCCCAGAGACAGCAAGUUCAAAAUGCCCAAGUUCAAGAUGCCCUCCUUUGGCGUGUCCACCCCGGGCAAGUCCGGGAAGGCCUCAGUUGAGGUGGACACAUCCUUGCCCAAGGUCCAGGCAGACAUAUCAUUGCCGUCCUUUAAGGGAGAUGUCAAGGCCCCAGACCUCAACAUUAAGCCGCCUUUGGCCGAGAUGAAUGUCCCGACUGUCCAGGUCGCCGUGAAGCUGCCCGAGGGCCAUGUGCCCAAAGGAGACUUUGCCCAGCCUGAAAUGGGCGCAGAGUUAAAGGGCCACCUCCCCAAGGUGAAGACGGGUAGCCUCAAGAUGCCCAAAGUGGACCUCAAGGCACCCAAGUUGGACAUCAAGGGCGUGAGUGUGGACCUGGAGGGUCCCAAGGUGAUGGUCUGUUUCCCCGAGGUGGAUGUGUCCGUGGCCAGCUCACAGGUGGACAUCCAGGCACCAGGAGUCUCACUGGAGGGGGACGUGGGACUGGUAGAUGCAGAGGUGACCUCCAGAGACAGCAAGUUCAAAAUGCCCAAGCUCAAGAUGCCCUCCUUUGGGGUGUCCACCCCGGGCAUGUUCGAGAAGGACUCGGUCAAGGUGGACACAUCCUUGCCUAAGUUCCAGGCAGACAUAUCGUUGCCAUCCUUUAAGGGAGAUGUCCAAGCCCCAGACCUCAGCAUUAAGCCGCCUUCGACCGAGGUGGACGUCCCGACUGUCCAGGUCGCCGUGAAGCUGCCCGAGGGCCACGUGCCCAAAGGAGACUUUGCCCAGCCUGAAAUGGACGCAGGGCUAAAGGGCCACCUCCCCAAGGUGAAGACAGGUAGCCUCAAGAUGCCCAAAGUGGACCUCAAGGCACCCAAGUUGGACAUCAAGGGCAUGAGUGUGGACCUGGAGGGUCCCAAGGUGACGGUCAGUUGCCCUGACGUGGACGUGUCCAUGGCCAGCUCACAGGAGGACAUCCAGGCAAUGGGAGUCUUGCUAGAGCGGGACCUGGGCCUGGGAGUCACGGAGGUGACCUCCAGAGACAGCAAGUUCACAAUGCCCAAGUUCAAGAUGCCCUCCUUCGAGGUGUCCACCCCGGGCAAGACUGGGAAAGCCUCAGUCAAGGUGGAUGCAUCCCUGCCCCACGGCCAGGGAAAUGUCUCGUUGCCAUCGAUGCAGGGAGACGUCAGCAUUAAGCUGCCCUCAGCCGAGGUGGAUGUCGCGACUGUCCAGGUCGCCGGCAAGCUGUCCGAGGGCCCGGUGCCUGAAGGAGACUUCGCCCAGCCCGAAAUGGGCACUGGACUCAAGGGCCACCUCCCCAAGGUAAAGACAGGCAGCCUCAAGAUGCCCAAGGUGGACUUUCAGGUACCUCAGUCAGGCAUCAAGGGCCUCAGUGUGGAUCUGGAGAGACCCAAGGUGACAGUCAGUUGCCCCGAGGUGGACGUGCCCAUGACCAGUACACAGGUGGACACCCAGGCUCUGGGUGUCUCACUGGAGGGGAAAGUGGGCCUGGGAGACGCGGAGGUGACGUCCAGAGACAGCAAGUUCAAAAUGCCCAAGCUCAAGACGCCCUCCUUCAGCUUGUCGGGCCCGGGCAAGACUGGUAAGGCCUCCAUCGAGGUGGACGCGUCCCUGCCCCAAGGUCAGGCAGACGUCUCUUGGCCAUCCAUACAGGAAGGCGUGAAGGCCCAGGACCUCAGCAUUAAGCUGCCUUCGGCCGAGGUUGAUAUCCCGACGAUCCAGGUCACCAUGAAGCUACCCGAAGGCCAUGUGCCUGAAGGAGACUUUGCCCAGCCUGUAAUGGGUGCUGGACUCAAGGGCCACCUGCCAAAGGUGAAGACAGGAAGCCUCAAGAUGCCCAAGAUGGACCUCAAGGCACCCGAGUUGGACAUCAAGGGCGCAAGUGUGGACCUGGAGGGUCCCAAGGUGACAGUCAGUUGCCCCGAGGUGGACGUGUCCAUGGCCAGCUCACAGGUGGACAUCCAGGCACCUGGAGUCUCACUGGAGGCGGACGUGGGCCUGGGAGACGCGGAGGUGACCUCCAGAGACAGCAAGUUCAAAAUGCCCAAGUUCAAGAUGCCCUCAUUUGGCGUGUCCACCCCGGGCAAGUCCGGGAAGGCCUCGGUUGAGGUGGACGCGUCCCUGCCCCAGGGCCAUGCAGACAUAUUGUUGCCGUCCCUUAAGGGAGAGGUCAAAGCCCCAGACUUCAGCAUUAAGCUGCCUUCGGCCGAGAUGGACGUCCUGAGUGUGCAGGUCGAUGCGAAGCAGCCAAAGGGUCAGGUGCCAGAAGGAGACUUCACCCAGCCUGAAAUGGGCGCUGGACUCAAGGGCCACCUCCUGAAGGUGAAGACAGGCAGCCUCAAGAUUCCCAAGGUGGACUUCAAAGCAGGUCAGUCAGACAUCAACGGCCCCAGUGUGGACCUGGAGGGUCCCAAGGUGACAGUCAGUGGCCCCGAAGAGGACGUGUCCAUGGCCAGCUCACAGGGGGACAUCCAGGCACCGGGAGUCUCGCUAGAGCGGGACCUGGGCCUGGGAGACACGGAGGUGACCUCCAGAGACAGUAAGUUCAAAAUGCCCAAGUUCAAGAUGCCCUCCUUCAGCGUUUCCGCCCCAGGCAAGUCCAGGAAGGCCUUGGUUAAGGUGGAUGCGUCCCUGCCCCAUGGCCAGGCAGACGUCUCGUUGCCGUCAACGCAGGGAGACAUCAGCAAUAAGCUGCCCUCGGCUGAAGUGGACAUCUUGACGGUCCAGGUCGAUGUGAAGCUGCCCGAGGUCCCGGUGCCUGAAGGAGACUUCACCCAGCCCGAAAUGGGCACCGGACUCAAGGGCCACCUCCCCAAGGUGAAGACAGGCAGCCUCAAGAUGCCCAAGAUGGACCUCAGGGCACCCCAGUUGGACGUCAAGAGCCCCAGUGUGGAUCUGGAGGGUCCCAAGAUGACGGUCAUUUGCUCCGACGUAUCCAUGGCCAGCACACAGGUGGACAUCCAGGCACCGGGAGUCUCGCUGGAGGGGGAUGUGGGCCUGGGAGAUGCGGAGGUGACCCUCAGAGACAGCAAGUUCAAAAUGCCCAAGUUUAAGAUGCCCUCCUUUGGCGUGUCAGGCCUGGGCAAGUCCGGGAAGGCCUCGGUCGAGGUGGACGCAUCCCUGCCUAAGGUGCAAAGAGACGUUUUGUUGCCAUCUAUUAAGGGAGAAGUCAAGGCCCCUGAUCUCAGCAUUAAGCUGCCUGAAGCUGAGAUGGACAACCCAACUGUCCAGGUGGAUGUUAAGCUACCCGAGGUCCAGGGGCCCGAAGGAGACUUCUCCCAGCUGGAAAUGGGCGCUGGACUCAAGGGCCACCUCCCCAAGGUGAAGACAGGCAGCCUCAAGAUGCCCAAGGUGGACCUCAAGGCACCCGAGUUGGACAUCAAGGGCGCGAGUGUGGACCUGGAGGGUCCCAAGGUGACGGUCAGUUGUCCCGAGGUGGACGUGUCCAUGGCCAGUUCAGAGGUGGACAUCCAGGCACCGGGAGUCUCACUGGAGGGGGACGUGGGCUUGGGAGACGCAGAGGUGACCCCCAGAGACAGCAAGUUCAAAAUGCCCAAGUUCAAGAUGCCCUCCUUCGGCGUGUCCACCCCGGGCAAGUCCGGGAAGGCCUCAGUUGAGGUGGACACAUCCUUGCCCAAGGUCCAGGCAGACAUAUCAUUGCCUUCCUUCAAGGGAGACGUCAAGGCCCCAGACCUCAGCAUUAAGCUGCCUUCAGCCGAGGUGGACGUCCCGACUGUCCAGGUCGCCGUGAAGCUACCCGAGGGCCACGUGCCCGAAGGAGACUUCGCCCAGCCUGAAAUGGGUGCCGGGCUAAAAGGCCACCUCCCCAAGGUGAAGACAGGCAGCCUCAAGAUGCCCAAGGUGGACUUUCAGUUACCUCAGUCAGACAUCAAGGGCCCCAGUGUGGACCUGGAGGGUCCCAAGGUGACGGUCAGUUGCCCUGAGGUGGACGUGUCCAUGGCCAGUACAGAGGUGGACAUCCAGGCACCGGGAGUCUCACUGGAGGGGGACGUGGGCCUGGGAGACGCGGAGGUGACCCCCAGAGACAGCAAGUUCAAAAUGCCCAAGUUCAAGAUGCCCUCCUUCGGCGUGUCCACCCCAGGCAAGUCCGGGAAGGCCUCAGUCGAGGUAGACACAUCCUUGCCCAAGGUCCAGGCAGACAUAUCAUUGCUGUCCUUUAAGGGAGAUGUCAAGGCCCCAGACCUCAGCAUUAAGCCGCCUUCGGCCGAGGUGGAUGUCCCGACUGUCCAGGUCGCCGUGAAGCUACCCGAGGGCCAUGUGCCCGAAGGAGACUUUGCCCAGCCUGAAAUGGGCGCAGGGUUAAAGGGCCACCUCCCCAAGGUGAAGACAAGCAGCCUCAAAAUGCCCAAAGUGGACCUCAAGGCACCCGAGUUGGACAUCAAGGGCGUGAGUGUGGACCUGGAGGGUCCCAAGGUGAUGGUCAGUUUCCCCGAGGUGGACAUGUCCGUGGCCAGCUCACAGGUGGACAUCCAGGCACCGGGAGUCUCACUGGAGGGGGACGUGGGCCUGGGAAUCACCGAGGGGACCUCCAGAGACAGCAAGUUCAAAAUGCCCAAGUUCAAGAUGCCCUCCUUCGGCGUGUCUGCCCCGGGCAAGACUGGGAAAGCAUCGGGCGAGGUGGACGCAUCCCUCCCCCUUGGCCAGGCAGACGUCUCAUUGCCAUCGAUGCAGGGAGACGUCAGCAUAAAGCUGCCGUCGGCCAAGGUGGACGUCCCGACUGUCCAGGUUGCCGGCAAGCUGUCCGAGGGCCCGGUGCCUGAAGGAGACUUCGCCCAGCCCGAAAUGGGCACUGGACUCAAGGGUCACCUCCCCAAGGUGAAGACAGGCAGCCUCAAGAUGCCCAAGGUGGACUUUCAGGUACCUCAGUCAGACAUCAAGGGCCCCAGUGUGGACCUGGAGGGUCCCAAGGUGAUGGUCAGUUGUCCUGAUGUGGACGUGUCUAUGGCCAGUACAGAGGUGGACAUCCAGGCCCCAGGAGUCUCACUGGAGGGAGACGUGGGCCUGGGAGACGCGGAGGUGACCUCCAGAGACAGCAAGUUCAAAAUGCCCAAGCUCAAGAUGCCCUCCUUCGGCGUGUCCUCCUCGGGCAAGUCCAGGAAGGCUUCGGUUCAGGUGGACGCGUCCCUGCCCCAGGGCCAUGCAGACAUAUCAUUGCCAUCCUUUAAGGGAGACAUCAAGGCCCCAGACCUCAGCAUUAAGCUGCCGUCGUCCAAGGUGGACGUCCUGACUGUCCAGGUCGCCGUGAAGCUGCCUGAGGGCCACGUCCCCGAAGGAGACGUCACCCAGCCUGAAAUGGGCGCUGGACUCAAGGGUCACCUCCCCGAGGUGAAGACAGGCAGCCUCAAGAUGCCCAAGGUGGACUUCAAGGCAGGUCAGUUAGACAUCAAGGACCCUAGUGUGGACCUGGAGGGUCCCAAAGUGACGGUCAGUUACCCCAACAUGGACGUGUCCAUGGCCAGCUCACAGGUGGACAUCCAGGCACCAGGAAUCUCAUUGGAGGGGGACAUGGGCCUGGGAGACAUGGAGGUGACCUCCAGAGACAGCAAGUUCAAAAUGCCCAAGUUCAAGAUGCCCUCCUUCGGGGUUUCGGGCCCGGGUAAGACCGGAAAAGCCUCAGUCGAGGUGGACACGUCCCUGCCCCAUGGCCAGGCAGAAGUCUCGUUGCCAUCGAUGCAGGGAGACAUCAGCAUUUCGCUCUCCUCGGCCGAGGUGUAUGUCCCGACUGUCCAGGUCGCCAUGAAGCUGCCCGAAGGCCAUGUGCCUGAAGGCGACUUCACCCAGCCCAAAACGCGGGGUGGACUCAAGGGCCACCUCCCCAAGGUGAAGACAGACAGCUUCAAGAUGCCCAAGGUGGACUUCAAAUCACCCCAGUUGGACAUCAAGGGCGCUAGUGUGGACUUGGAGUGUUCCAAGGUGACAGUCAGUGGCCCUGACAUGGACAUGUCUAUGGCCAGCUCAAGGGUGGACAUCCAGGCACCAGGAGUCUCGCUGGAAGGGGACCUGGGCCUGGGAGACACGGAGGUGACCUCCAGAGACAGCAAGUUCAAAAUGCCCAAGCUCAAGAUGCCCUCCUUCGGGGUGUCAGGCCUAGGCAAGUCCGCGAAGCCCUUGGUCGAGAUGGACGCGUCCCUGCCCCAGGGCCAGGCAGACGUCUCAUUGACGUCCAUUAAGGGAGACGUCAAGGCCCCGGAUGUUAGCUUUCAGCUGCCAUUGGCUGAGGUGGACCUCCCGACUGUACAGGUUGGCUUGAGGCUGCCCACAGGGGCAGGCGGGCUGGGUGAUGUGGGCAGCACUGCCAGAGAGGCCGUCCCUCCAACGGGGGAGGACCUGCCCGCCCCUGAUAUCUGUGGCUCAGGCGCUGCGGGUCCAGACCUUCCUUUGCUCCAGACCCGCCCAUCAACUGGACUCAGGGAAGUGUCCUCUGCCUCCAAGGCUGUGGGUGGGCGCCGCUCUUCCGCUGACCCCCUGCUGCCCUGUGGCUGGCCUGGAGACGCUGUGACCACCCCCAUGGACAGCCCAGAGAGGCCUGUCCCGGUGGAAGAGAGCCGGGCAGACUCGCGGGACAGCUGGUUUCAAAUGCCCAGCUUCCGUCUGCCAGGCCUCCGCCGGGGGUCCUCCACGGGGCCUGCUGGGUCCGGGGCCCAGGGAGAGGCUCAGGGGCCGCUGCCCGCAGAGGUUGCAGCCAGAGCAGGGGACGCCCCCGCCGGCGCCGCAGCCGGGAGCCAGGGCAUCUGCGCUGUGGGGCGUCGGCCGGCGCCUGAGGCCGCUGCUGAGAAGGCCUCCUACGCCGACGUCCUGCGGCGGCCCGCGGACAGCACCGGCCCGCCCGAGCGCCUCCCCCCUGCAGGGGUGUCCGCUGCUGAGGUCAGGGCGGGCGAGGGCGAGGGCCCCAUCCUGCAGCUGCCGCCCAUCCCGUGCUGUGCAGGAAGCCCUGGCCCUCGGGGAGAGCCUGGGGAGGGGGUCCCGUUCCCCCAGCUGAGGGCACCGGGGCUCACCUGCCCCGCCCCCCGCCCCAGAUCUGUGGUCUCCGUCCCCGAGGUGAGGCCCACGAGGGGCCCGGACGGCCAUGUGGACGUCACCCUGUGGCAGGACAGCCCUGGGGGCCGGGGUGCCAGCCCCCCGAAGGCAGGCGCGGGGUUCCCCGCCCAGCAGCCUGUGGACCCGGACCUGCCCUCCGACGCCUCCGGGUCCUCCGGGUCCUCCGUCAGAGCGCAGGUCCGGGCUGCCUGGGGGUGGAGCCCCGCGCUCCCCUCGCCGGACCACAGCCCCCCUGCCGCCGGCCCCUGCGUGGUGCGGGGGGCCCUGAUCCCCGCCUCCCCGCUUCAGACGCCUUCCUACGGGUUUUCCCUGCUCAAGGGGAAGAUCCCGGAGCCCCCGCCGCGGGCUGGCCUGGGCGUAGGCCCUCCCGACGCGGGGCCCGGGGCGGCUGUGCAGGACGCCUCCUCCGGCCCCGCUGCGGUCAGGCCGGACCCGGGGGAGCCCUUGGAGGUCAUCGCCUGCGGCCCCGAGGAACCGGCGCUCCCGCCGCCCAGGCCCGAGUUCCGCCCCGGCCUGCCGGGCGCAGACAGCUGCUCUGAGGAGGAGCCGGCCGAGGUCCUGGCGACCCCCGCGGGGGACAGCGUGGGGGCCGGGGGGCCGGGGGGGCCGGGCCCCGCGGGGGCUGGCGGCGAGUGGGAGACCUGCCGGCCUGCUCAGGCUCUGGUUCCCCAGCUUGGGCUUCAGCUCUACGGAGGAGUCCGGUGCCGCCUCCGGGGCGCUGGCCGGGGGGCCCUGCAGCACAGGCACCGCCGGGGCCACCCGAAAGGCAGGAGCGGGGGAGCUGGUUCAGGCUCCCAGGCUGGGCUUCUCCUCCACGCCGAGCAGGAAGAGCAAGAGCGCCCCAGGGGACGCGGCCGGGCCAAGCCCCCGGAGGAGACGGUCGCCUUCUUUGACGCCCGAGAGUGCUUCUCCCGAGGAGGAGGAGGGGGAGGGGGGGCGAGAGUGGGGCGCCCGUGGUGGCCUCCGCAGCCAGAGCGGAGCUGA